CAAUGCUAUUCAUAUGAAGAUUUAUUACAUGAUUCAAUAUUCGAAUAUGGACUGUAUCAACAAAGUCAAUUAAUAUUUUACGUUUGUUUUAGAUAAUUUAUCUUAAACAAAAAUGGAACGUUUUCAAAUACAAGAAGCAUUUACUGUAUUAAAACCGCUUUGUGAUAAUUUAAUGAAAAAUCCAAACGUAAAUACUGCGCAAGACGUUGUUAAUAGUUUGACAAGAGUUUCGGAUAAAGUUCUGCAAGAUCUAUUGGAAUAUAUUUUGUUUCCUAUAAUUCUUCAUUUACAAAAUAAAACAUUGAGCAAAGAUGUGAAAGAAGAAGUUGUGAGAACGAUGCAGGCAAUACUCUCAAGGACAAAAAUAUCUAAAUUGGAAUAUUUCAAUAAAUUGUAUUCAUGUCUUUUAAUACAAAUUUAUGAUCCAACACAACAAAACAUGGUAAUUGUUGGUCAUGAAGAACUUAAGGAAAUAGUACUCUCAUGCAUCAAGACCUUAAUGCAUUCUUGCUUCACAGAAGUUAUAGAGUCAUUGUAUGUUAGAGAGAAUGCCUCAAAGAUAGGGCAAGGAAUAUUGUUAUCUGUGACAAUAGGAAGGACUGAAAAAUCACGUUCCCUUAGAUUAAGAGCUGUAGAAACAGUAAUGACAUUAUGCAGAGUAAAUGAUGAAAUAGAUAAAUCUGAUAUUAUAUUGCAAGAACAAGUAGCUGAUGUUAUUAUGUUAUUUUUGCCAGGUAUUGUUAGUGGUUUACAGGAGAUAGCUACAGAAAGUGAAAUACAAGGGCAUAAACUCACAAUGUUGGCACUAAAAGCUUGGGGUAGAGUGAUAUCUUUGGUAAUGAAAGAUAAAUUGGAGGAAGAGGAAGAUAUCCCAUCAUUAGGAACUUUAAUUGAAGUAAAUAAUGAGAAACACAUAAUUUCAAUAGAAAAUUCGUCACAUAUAAAAAAUCGUAGUGAACUAGAAAAACAUCUUAAAAACGCGACAAGAAAUAAAGAAUGGUUUGAUGCUACUGCAACUAAGCUUAAUGUACUUGUGCAACAGUUAGAUGUAUUGAAAAGACAUUCUCAUCAUAAAGUUAGAAAGGAAUUAGUAGAAAUUAUUCAUUUACUACUUACAACAUGCUCUAGGAAUAUGCAACCAAACGUUAUGUUAUUACUAGAAUAUUUAAUAUCUCUAUCUGAAGACGAAUUUGCAGAAGUUCGCGAAGAAGCUGAAAAAGCACUCAAAACAAUUAAUAUAAAUUUUACGCAAAAUAAGAGUAUGAGACCAUUGGUGGAAUUGCUGGAGGAAAACUUCUAUAAUGUACUUACAAAAUUGCCGAGGAUUAUCAGGAGGUUUGAUGAUAAUGAUCAGUUAUCCUGUUUGAAUCAACUAGCUGGUUAUUUGAAACUUCUUGGAGAACAAAGAUUACCUCGGAUUAUGAUGUCCACGCCACAUAUUCGAAGACUAUUAUUAGCUCUGGUCUAUGUGUCUGAAAUUGAUUGCAGUAGCAUUUCUCUUUUGCAAGAUGUAAAUAUUAAGGAUCUUGAAGAUCCAGCAUAUUUAUAUGGAUCACAUUUGUGGAGACGAUUUAAAUUUAUUGAAAAUAACGCAUGCGAGGAGAAACUUAUAGCAAUAUGUAAAUAUCUCGGAAAAUUCGGAGAUCUUCGAAUUUUAGUAGAUACUAUUUUUGAUCUUAUCAUGAAUGUUCCACGACAUAGAAAUGAAUUAAUCUUAUUACUAAAUUGGAUAAUAAAUGUUCCACUUAAAGACUCGUCAUUUUUGUCGAUUUACAAAGAAAUUGUGGAAUUUUAUAUAAAUUCAGAACUUUGGUAUCCAGCAAUUGAAAGUUCUGAGGAUAUUCCUCUACAAGUUGCUCAGACCAAUGUAAUACAAAGUUGCUUACUAUUAGAAGGCCUAGGAUUAAUAGCUUUGAAUAUGAAACGUGAUUAUGACAGGUUUCUUCUGAAAACCUUAUAUUUGGUUAUAGAAAAAGCAGGUAGUGGACAUAGUUUAAUCAAUUUUGUUGGAACUAAAACACUUGAACAGAUUGCAGAAUCUCAGGGAUAUAAUAUAGUGGGAGAUCUUUUACGUGCAAAUGUUGAUUACUUUUCGUACCACGUUACCGUAAAGCUACGGAGAGUAGAACGUAAUCCUGGUGUACUCGAUGUUGUUAAUAUCGUUAUAAAAUAUAGCACAAUGGACGUGUUACCUUGUUUAAAAGAGAUCGUAGAAGAUGUGCUAGUCCAAUUAAGUAGCAGUUUUCAACAAAAGAAUGCUUAUGCUUUCUUGAAAGUUUUUUAUACAUUUGUAAUAUGUAUACGAAAUCUAAUAAAUUCUAAGCCUAUACCGGAAACGCAAGAACAAAAUUUGAAUGUCGAAAAUAAAGCUUCAAAAAUUAUUCAGUCUUUGUUAGAAUAUCAUGAAGCAAAAAAAGUGGAUAAUGAGAUAGAAGAACUGCCAAGUGAAAGUAAAUUAGAAGAAGAAACAGUGGAAGAACCAGAAAAAGGAUAUCAAGAAGACUUUGCAGAGAAAGAAGAAGAAAAGGAAGAGAUACCCUUUUAUAUAAAAAUGAUUGAAGAUAUAAUGAAGCACUGUUUACAUUUUUUACCAUCUAAAGAAGUACAAAAAUCAUUAAUUGCAAUGUUAACAUUACAAGAGGGCCUUCAAAUUUUAGCAAGAUGGGAGAAUCAACUAUUGCCUAUGGUACAUUUGCUUUGGCAUCCGUUAGUAGAUAGAUUUCGUGAUGAAAAUGUAUUAAUAAUCAAUCGGGCAUGGCAAUUAUUAAAUGUUCUUGGACACGUUUCCAAAGAUUUCAUUCGAACUAGAACACUAAAACAAAUAUUACCUGCGCUUUCAAAAUUUUUGUACGAUUCUGCCAAACAGAGUUAUAAUAAAAGUUCAGAAGAUAUUUAUAAAUUUACUCAAACUUACAAGUUACAAAAGGAAUUGCUUUCUACAUUAGGUAAAGUCACAAAAGACUUAAGACUUCGUGAACAGGAAACGUGGAAUGUAUUGAGCAUCACAGAACCAUACCUUAGUGAGCAUCAACAUCCUACGCUACAAUCAUGUUGCCUGCAAUUAUAUAAGGAAAUUGCUGAUCAUAAUGCAGAUAUUACUUUGAUGAAAUGUCUUAGCAUUUUUCAUUCCAAAAUAUCGAAAAUUAUACCUGAUGCAACAUUUGAUAUAAAAGAUUUAAUGAACAUUGAGAAGUUUUCAACAAAUGAGUAUUAUAAAGAUGUACGAAAUAUUUUAACGUAUAUUCAAGAUCAAACUUCUGAUCUCUAAAAGGAAAUAAUGAAUAUUUGAAUAUACUUGUAUGUACAUAUAUGUAAAUUUGUAUUGUAAUAUAUAGUACCGUACCGAGCAAAGUAGGUUUGCAAAGGGAAAAUGACAAUAUAAUGGGGAAAGCAAGAAUUCUCAAAACCUAUCAUGCUCGGUGCUGUAUGUACAUGACUAGAUGUUUAAGUAUUCAUUCUAUUUUAUUUAUAAGUAUACCAUCUGAAAUUUAAAAUUAAUAAAAUUAGUAGUUUUUUAAAU